AUGACAACAAUUACGACGACGACGACGACAACACAGGCCGAAGAUCGCAAAUCGAUCCCUUCCCGUUUCGCAAAAGCAUUUUUCAUGUCCGUCGCCGAUCCGGUCUUCUCGACCGCUCCACCGUCCUGUCCACGAUGCGGGUUCGAUGGAGCCCCUCUGCUCCAGGACGAUGCGAAGGCAGCGCAGCAGAGGAUAACAGAGCUGGAGACUCAGAUAAAGUUUCUCAACCAACGUGCAGCAGCAACAGCGGAGAAACUAGCAGACUACGAAGAUGAAAUCCGCAUUCUCCGCUCCCAAUCGGCAUCGGCAUCGGCAUCAGCAUCUGUCCCCCCUCGCACACCCACCUUCACCCCACCCUCACAGCUGGCCUUCUCGACCUCUCCAUCCCCACCACAACCGCGGCUGCAGCAGCCGCAACACACCCGUUUCGCGACCCUCACGUCCUUCUUGCCCUACGGCAAACGUAAUAAUUCCAGCGCGAACGGUGCUCCACUCAGCCAGACUACCUCUUCGCCCGAAAGCACUAUAACAUCACCUCCCCGAACGGCCGAUUCCACUCUCACCGCAUCCCUCCAAGACGCCCUGCAGCGCGAAACGGAACUCAGAAAAGCGGCGGAGUCGCGUCUCACGCAAGCCAAUUCUGAACUGGAGGAUCUCACAACGCAGCUGUUCAGCCAGGCGAACGAGAUGGUUGCGCAGGAGCGGAAGGCACGGGCGAAAUUGGAGGAGCGGGUAGAGUUGCUGGAGCGGAGAGAUGGAGAGAAGAGGAGGAGACUAGAUCGACUGGAAAAGGCGGUCGCGAGAGUAGAGAGGGUAAGAGGAAUGGUUGGUGGACGGUAA